AUGCGGGCGGGCCGCGGCGCGGAGGCGGCGGGCGAGGAGGAGGCGGCGGCGGCGGCGGCGGGCGAGGCCGCGAAGCGCGGCGGGGCGGCGGGGCGGGCGCGGGGCCGCGGCAAGGGUUCGCCCAACGGCGAGUGCCGCCGCGGGGAGCCGCCGCGCAGCCCCGGCGCCGAGCCGCCCCGCGAGCCCAAGGUCUCCUUCUCCUGCGGCGGCGGCGGCGCGGCCAAGGGCGAGGAGGGCGCGGGCGAGGAGGGCGGCGAGGAGGCCCGCGGCAGCCAGGCCAGCUUCAUGCAGCGGCAGUUCGGGGCCAUGCUGCAGCCUGGCGUCAACAAGUUCUCGCUGCGGAUGUUCGGCUCGCAGAAGGCGGUGGAGCGGGAGCAGGAGCGCGUCAAGUCAGCCGGGGCCUGGAUCAUCCAUCCCUACAGCGACUUCAGGUUUUACUGGGACUUCACGAUGCUGCUCUUCAUGGUGGGCAACCUGAUCAUCAUUCCUGUGGGCAUCACAUUCUUCAAGGAGGAGACCACAGCACCGUGGAUCGUGUUCAAUGUGGUCUCCGACACCUUCUUCCUCAUGGAUCUGGUGCUGAACUUCCGGACGGGGAUUGUCAUUGAGGACAACACGGAGAUAAUCCUGGACCCUGAGAGGAUCAAGAAGAAGUACCUUAAGACCUGGUUUGUGGUGGACUUUGUCUCCUCCAUCCCUGUGGACUAUGUCUUCCUCAUUGUGGAGAAGGGCAUAGACUCAGAGGUGUACAAAACGGCCCGUGCCCUCCGCAUUGUCCGCUUCACCAAGAUCCUCAGCCUCCUGCGGCUUCUCCGCCUCUCCCGGCUCAUCCGCUACAUUCACCAGUGGGAGGAGAUUUUCCACAUGACCUAUGACCUGGCCAGCGCGGUGAUGAGGAUCAUCAACCUCAUCGGCAUGAUGCUGCUGCUGUGCCACUGGGAUGGCUGCCUCCAGUUCCUGGUGCCCAUGCUGCAGGAUUUCCCCCAGAACUGCUGGGUCUCCAUCAACGGGAUGGUGAACGACUCGUGGAGUGAGCUGUACUCCUUUGCCCUCUUCAAGUCAAUGAGCCAUAUGCUCUGCAUUGGCUACGGGAAGCAGGCACCCGAGAGCAUGACGGAUAUCUGGCUCACAAUGCUGAGCAUGAUCGUGGGGGCCACCUGCUACGCCAUGUUCAUUGGCCAUGCGACAGCACUCAUCCAGUCGCUGGACUCCUCCCGGCGCCAGUACCAGGAGAAGUAUAAGCAAGUGGAGCAGUACAUGUCCUUCCACAAGCUGCCUGCCGACUUCCGGCAGAAGAUCCACGACUACUACGAGCACCGCUACCAGGGCAAGAUGUUUGAUGAGGACAGCAUCCUGGGGGAGCUCAAUGAGCCCCUGCGUGAGGAAAUUGUGAACUUCAACUGCCGCAAGCUGGUGGCCUCGAUGCCACUGUUUGCCAAUGCAGACCCCAACUUCGUCACAGCAAUGCUCACCAAGCUGAAGUUCGAGGUGUUCCAGCCAGGCGACUACAUCAUCCGUGAGGGCACCAUUGGCAAGAAGAUGUACUUCAUCCAGCAUGGGGUGGUCAGCAUCCUCACCAAGGGCAACAAAGAGAUGAAACUCUCCGAUGGCUCCUACUUUGGAGAAAUCUGCCUGCUGACCCGUGGCCGGCGCACAGCCAGUGUCCGAGCAGACACCUACUGCCGCCUCUACUCACUCUCCGUGGACAACUUCAACGAGGUGCUGGAGGAGUACCCCAUGAUGAGACGAGCCUUUGAGACUGUGGCCAUUGACCGCCUCGACCGCAUCGGGAAGAAGAACUCAAUCCUGCUCCACAAAGUGCAGCACGAUCUCAACUCAGGCGUCUUCAACAACCAGGAGAAUGAGAUCAUCCAGGAGAUCGUCAAGUAUGACCGGGAGAUGGUGCAGCAGGCAGAGCUGCAGCAGCACACGGCCAUGUACAGCCCUGUACAGCCCCAGGUCACCUCUGCCAUCGCCACCCUCCAGCAAGCUGUUGCCAUGAGCUUCUGCCCGCAGAUGGCGAGCCCACUGGUGGGCUCCAUGGCCCUGGGCUCGCCCCGCAUGAUGCGCCGCUUGCAGUAUGCCCAGGCGGUGCCCAGUCCUUUCGCCAUCUCCCCGGUCUUGCUGCAGCAGAGCCCCACACAGCAGGCGCCGCCCCCCAUGCCACAUGCGAACCCAUCACCCUCGCAGGACCAGGCGCAGCCCUCAACCCUGCCCACCUCCACCAGCACCUUCGCCUCAGCCGCACCCAGCCCACCAUCCCAAAGCCCCCUGGCCAGCCGGACGUUCGUCUACGGAAGCGCCAAGGGCCAGCUUGGCUCCCAGCUCUCCCUGAGCCAGCAGCAAGCACCAGGCUCGCCGCAGAGGCUGGCUGUCCACAAAAGCACGCAGGCCCUGCACACCAGCAGCCUCAGCCAGGAUUCGCGGCCCCUGUCUGCUUCACAGCCCUCCCUGCCCCACGGGUUGUCGGCAAGCACUACCCAGAGCCCUCCGUCUUCGGCGCGUGAGUCCUCCACCUCCAUUGGGGGAGGUCAAGCUGCAGCCUCACCGGGCUCUGGCUCCCAGACGGGGCUUCGGGGCCAGAUGCCCUCGCGGGUGGCUCUGUCCCACCAGGCAUCCACAGCCUCCGUGUACUCGGGGCCGCCCACCCUGCAGCAGGACUCGGCGGCAGCCCGCAAGGAUUCAGUAGGCAGCACACCUGACACGGACCCAGCGAAAUCCAGGCUGUCUUCCAACUUGUGACCUUUGCUUCGUGCCAGCCAAGCAGGGCCAGGUGGAGGGAGGAGAGCGCUGGACGCGGAGGUUCAUGGAGGUGGCAGCAAGUCAUAGCUCACCUCCGACUCCCUCCCCGCCACACAUUUCCAGCUGGGGUAGCACAGCACAAGGCUGCCUCUCCCUUGCCGUGGCUCCAGUCCCUGCUUCUUCCCAUCUUCACCAGACACUGCAGAUCAAGGGCAGCUACGGGGGAGCCUGUGGGGUGGGGACAGGCUCCCAAAUGUGAGGGCGAUGGCUGGGCCGAGCAUCCUGGCUGCAUUGCCACCAACCAAAGUCUGUCCUGUCUCCUGCUUUCCAUGGCAAAGCCCUAUUGCCCCCCCUGCCCUGACUACACCACAGAAGCCACAGCUGCAUCACCUUGUGAUCAACUUUGUUUAGGAUAUAUAGGCCCUGAACACAUAUAUGUGUGCAUCUGCAGGACACCCCCUUGGGGUUUUAGGCACAUGCAAGUGCUACAGCCCUGCAGCAAGCUGGCAGCCCUUGGUGCGUGUGUCCCUGCCUCCUCCCCCUCCCAGGAGCAUCACGGCAAAGGGUGAUGGUCAAGGACUUGGAGGUAAGUUGUGGGGGCUGAGGGAAUGCUGCCUUGGGAAGGUUAGUAAGUGCGUGCACGCAGUGUCCUGUCUCAGCUGGCCCCACAGGGACUGGGGGUUGAAUUCCGCUAGACUUCCCCAUAAGCUUACUUUUAAUCUGGGUCCCUGCAGUCCCUGUAAGUGACUGUAUGAGGGGAGAUGACAGAUGAAAAAUAAUUAUUUAGAAAUGUCGCAUUAGGACAAAACCCAGACACUAGAGCUUGGGGUGUGGGGGGGACCCCAGCACCAGGGACAGACUCAGGAGCAGUCACUAUGGUUUAGGGUGCCAGCCUGUCCUGGCUUUAAGGCUUUGGGAAGGCAUGCACUGUGUGUGCAUGUGCAAGCAUGUCUGGGUGCAUGUGUGCACACAUACAGAUACGUGUGUGCAUGUGUAUGCCUCAAUGCCUAGCACUCUUGAGCCUUUUGUGUUGAAUGUAUGCAGCGACCUACCAACACGGGGCAGUGGCCAUGUGCCAGCCCAGCUCAGUGUAGCUGUGGAGCCAGCAGGACAGGGCCCUGCUCCAAGAAGCUACCUUUCCAUCCAGCCCAUCCUGUGCAAUAAACGUCAGCGACUGACAGUGCUACACGA